AAUUCAGAUUCACAAGGUUCCGUCACGCGUCAUCGCUUCGAGAGGGCAGGUGUGCAGCGUGGCAGCUCACCGACGCAGCGCCUAGCGACUUCCCCGGGCUGUGAUGGCUUUUUAAAUGUGAGGGCUGCAGUUCGCUGUCGAAAUGGAGGCAGGCUGCGGUUGCUUUGCAUUCACUGUCCUUCAACCACCGUCGUUGGAACCCAUUCGAUUUCGUGUUGCUGCUGUGAGCGCCUGACCAACCCGGUUCCAGCAACUAAAGUGCCACCCCACCAGACGCGCUGCAUGUCGCAUGUCGCGCGUCUUCCAAUCUUCAACUGAGCGUUUCGACUUUGCUUUUCGCUUUUCGCCAGCAAGGAAAGGACAUUUGACUGCCCAUCUGCUCUUUUCUCUCCCCGUCAGAGGAACACGGGGAAUCGAACACCCAAUUUCCCAAUUCAAAAUCGAAGGGGCUCCCUGGACCUUGGCUUGAUUUGCCAUCCGGCCUACCUGCGUCGCGAACAGGCAAGGGUUAGGGUUAAACACCCACCAUCACCAUGCCUGUCCCCAUCACCUACGACAACGUCGCCGGCGGCAGUUCCGAAGCGUUACUGUUCGCCGGCAUCAAGUUUUGGCUUGCCCUCAGAGUGCCAAUGCGAAACGACUGGAUAGCAAAGAUACAAAAUAAUGGCGGCGAGGUCGUCAUACUUGAGCGCAUGGCCGACAUGUUGAUCGCCGAUGACGCAAGGCCCAAGCACGCUCCUCCGAACUCGUACUCUUGGAAGUUCGUCGACGAGGCCAUCAAGCGGGGCGAGCUUCCAGACAAGGAGGCCUUCGUCAUCCAGCGGCCAGCUGCGACGAAUCCCAACGCGGCAGGUCCCUCGGCCGGCGCUUCUGUGAAGACCACCCGCACUGCCUACACGCCAGAGGACGACCAGGUCCUGACCCAGUAUGUCCGCCGCCGCCUGGACAGAGCCAAGGCCAACGGCAUUUACGAGGAAUUUGCCAAGACGAAUCCACGACACACGUGGCAGUCUUGGAAAGAUCGAUGGGUCAAGAGACUCUCUCUUGUCGCUGGCAAUAAUGUGCCGAUACGGCAAGAUUGGGAGGACGAAGACGAAGACGACGUGCGAGAGGCAAUCCAGGGGCCCCGACAUAAAAACGCGCAUGCAGAAUCUAGUGCCGUAAAGCCUCCUACUGUGCAGCCACAGAGGCCGUCUGGGCCGUCCUCAUUGGCUCAAGAGGCGCCAAGUCCUGAACUGUCGGCCCCGAAGCCGCGCAGCCAGUUCAGUCCUGACGAGGACGACCGCCUUCUCCAAAUGAUCGAAGAGACGAUCCGUAGGAGCAAGGCAGAAGGCAAAAGGAUAUACUUGUACGGAAACCUCUUGUACGAGGCCUUCGCCAAAGAGAACCCUACCCACUCGGCGCGGAGCUGGCGAGCCCGAUACAAACUUGUACUCGCCCCAAGACUUGAGGCUGCUUCGAAUAGAUCGCCAGCCACUGUUGCCGAAACGGCCCCUGCUGGAAACACACCCCGUCCCCAUGCCUCAAACCCCUCACCACAGCCCCAGAAGACCAAGACUCCUCCACCCAAACUCCAAGUGUCCAACAAGGUCGGCCAUACCCCGCCCUCACCGACGCCGGCUCAACCUCCUGCUGCUCCAGAACGUAAUGCUCCAGCGCCUAGAUCACCCGGUGGUCAGGCUUCCCACAGCUCGGCGCAAGCGCUGAUUCGGCCUCGGCACUCGAGCCCAGAAGCGGACGAGGAUGGAGACUAUGAGGGGGAGGAUGAUCAAGCGGUGAAGUCCAGUGCCGGGGCCAGCCGUGAGUACGAACCAGACUGCGAUGAGGAAGUCGGCAGCGACGAAGAGAUCGAGAUAGAUGAAGAAGACGAAGAUGGAGAGGCCCAAGAAGAUCAGCUCAAUAGGUUUGAGAAAUUGAUCAUAGAGUAUGAGGCCGAGUACCCCGAUGCCAUCGAUCCAGCGCCAAUCAUCCGCGGCGAAGAGAUAUCGGUCUGGGAUCUUUAUCGCGCCUUCCGGUCACAGAAUCUGCCGCUGGACCGGUGUGAUUGGGCCCAGGUCGCUGCGUCCCUCGGCUUCGACACCACCAAGGACCCCGAGGUCUGCGGGAAGGUGUCCGAGUGCUUCCAGCGCAACCUCGAACACUUUGUCGGAGUAGCCGACUACGCCAUGAGCAGGUGGCAGCCUGACGACGAAGCGGACGGGGCGAGCAGUUCAGAUCUUGAGAGCGAGGAUGCAGGGAUGGAAACAGCGAGGGAGCAUCAGACUGAACAAGGCGAGCCGGGGGAAUCACAAGAUGGUGAGGGAACGGAGGAGGAAGAUGAGGGAAUUGAAGAGGUGCUUAAGGGAACUAAGGAAGAGGAUGAGGGAAUGGAGGAGGAAGACGAGGGGACGGAAGAGGAGGAUGAGGCAACCGAGCAAGAGGAUGAGGCAACCAAGGAGAUGGACGAGCAACCUCGGCCGGCGUCGUCACUCUCCGCGGCGGCUGCACCGAAGCGGCGUCACGAGCAGGCCUUCCACUCGGACCUCAGCCUCUUGAGCGGAACUCCUCGUAAACGGGCUCGCAGGAAGGCCGACCUCGAGAUACCCGAUACGCCCCAGGUUUCUCACGCACGACCGCCGCCCCUGAAACGGCAAGAAAUACUAGACAGCAGCCCCCCGGCUCGGCACAUGGCUUUUUUAACGACAUCACCCACCCUUCCGACCCGAAAGAAGCCCGUCGAGCCCGAAACACAAGACUGGAAGCUCGAUGCCGCAACACAGGGAAGGCUUUCCCAAACACAAGACGUGCACACCGACGAGGUGGGACUCGCUCCGGACGGGCUCGAUGUCUCGCCAUCGCAGCAGCUCAGGUCGGAGGAGGACGAAUACCCCGUCACACCCGUUCCGCUACUGCUCGCUGCUGUUGCCGAAGACGCCAGGCCUCCGCGUACAAGGGCGCUAAGAAGGUCGCAUCUCGACGAGGAGCCCGCCGACGCGUCGACGCCGAAGCCCCGCCACGGGCCGAGCGAGAAAACUCUUGGGAAACGACCCGAACGCAGAGAGCCGAGCGUGUCGCCCCCUCGGCGCCGCUGUCAUGUCGCCCCAAAGUCGGCACUGCAGAUGCCGACGGGCAAGCGCACACUACCGGCUCCGCCCAGACAGAGGCGCUCGAUGGAUUCUGUCAGGCCGUCAACGGAAGCGCCCAAGGUCGUGGUGCCGUCCUCGUCAGAGUCUGACGCGCCGCCGCCCACGCCGGCUCGCCCGCCGAAACGGACAUAUGCCUUUGGGACCCAGCCACGGCGCGCCACUCAUGCCGGCCUUGCGGCCAACUCCCCGCCUGGCCGGCCAGCGUCAUCAGAGUCGUUGUCCCCCCCAGCUUUCAGGAGAUCACAAAGGCCCCAGGGUUCGGCACGAGCAUCCGGACCAGCUUUGGGUGUCGGCGGCGGCGAAGACUCGGUAGUGGCCAGCAUAGUGGAUGGGCUGGUGGGCAAGCCGGCAAAGCCAGCUGCUUCGCGGACCGUGCAGCCGCCGGCCGAAAGACGCGGGUCGGAAGGGCGCCGCGCGGCGGCCCCUCCCCAGCCCAGCAUCGGCAGCGAGGUGGACCGGUGGGUGUCGCUGGGGUACGCGCGGCGGCCCAUCACGGACCUGCUGAUGGCCACGUGCCUCUCCAUCCCGCUCCUGAACCAGGUCAUCGACGAGAACAGGGCCCGGGCCGCGGCCGCGGCCGCGGCCGCCGGCGGGUCCGAGGCGCGCCGGAGGCAGCUCGAGGUGGCGGUGCCGCCCGACAAGCGCGGCGUCUGGACCACGGCCGACGACCGCGACCUCCAGGACGCCCUGGUGCGCGGCGAGGAAGGGGCGCGGUGGAGGCUGGCGGGCAAACAUGGCGGCGACAAGGCGCUGCGGAGGCGGUGGAGGUUCCUGGCCGACUUGGAGAGGAUGGAGUCGCGGAGGAAGUCGGCUGGGUCGUUUUAGGGUUGUCGAGCCAAGUGUAUAUGUAUGUUACUACCACAGUGCUUGCGGAUGGGCGAAUAUGCGGGCACAUGGUCACGUUGGUCCGAGAGUGUAACAGCUCAUUUACCCGAAAGUGAGGGUUGCUGUGCCAAGUGGAUGGGAGGAGCAGAAAGGAACUACGCCGCAUGCAAUGUAACACACACUGUUGCAUGUUGGAGCCUUGUGCUUCUGGCCACGCGAACUUCAUGUUGUGUUACGCGACUUCUUGUGCUCUGCAACGCGAGAUCUAGAGAUACUAUUGGCCGGGCGUGUGUGCUAUAAGCCACAACCCUCCUAGCACGGCCAAUAAAAACACACAACUUGCCGUGAUGGGCUUGGGUGUUGUUCAUCUACUCGG